CGUGGUGUUUAGGUCUGGACACUUUACUAGUGUUUUGGUUGCUAGACUCUGAACGGGGAUUUUAAACUUAACCGGACUCUGUACUUAAGUUUUACGAAUGCGGGGAGACGAGUCGUCCGAUUCCGAUUCAGGAAGAAUGGACGAAAGUUCAGCGCGGAGGAGUUUGGAGACGCUCUGUCAGGAGUUGAACAUGGACGAGCAGACCGCUACUGAAACUAUGGAAAACUUCACCGCAAUGUGGAACACGUACACACUGGAGGGGGAGGUGGUCCACUGGCUGGCCUGCUCCCUGUAUGCGGCCUGUCGGAAGGGCUCUACCCCAACCGUUGGUAAAGGGCUGAUGGAGGGAAACUGUGUCUCUCUCACAAGGAUUCUCCGGACGGCCAAGCUCAGUCUGAUUCAGUUCUUCUCUAAGAUGAGGAAAUGGGCAGAUAUGUCAAACCUCUCACAAGACUUCCGUCUUCGCAUGGACCGCUUGGAGCGCAACUUUGAGGUCUCUACAGUGAUAUUCCGCAAGUUUGAGCCCAUCUUCAUGGACAUGUUCCAAAAUCCCCUGGGAGGAGAACCACCCAGGCAGCCUCGCAGCCGGAAACACAGGCGGUUGCCCUGCCACAUCAGCGAUGUCUUCAAAUUUUGUUGGACCUUGUUUGUCUACACUAAAGGUAACUUCCGAAUGAUAGGCGAUGACCUGGUGAACUCCUACCACCUCCUGCUGUGCUGUCUGGACCAUGUGUUUGGGAAUGCCCUUCUUUGUGCCAACAGAAAAGACCUCAUCAACCCAGCAUUCAAAGGCCUGCCAGCUGUCUACCAGCUAGACAGCCAUGUCUCUUCAGACGAAUCUCCCCCGUGUGUGUUGGAAAGACUGUGCGAGCUACAUGAUGGGCUGGUAGUGGAGGCUAAAGGCAUCAAACAGCACUACUUCAGACCAUACAUCCAGAGACUGUUCCAGAAACAGAUUCUGAAAGGCAACAAGGAGCUGUUGACAGAACUGUUGGAUCCCCAGAACUUCAUAGAUAAUAAUAAAGCCAUUAAUAAGGAGUAUGAGGAGUAUGUGUUAACGGUUGGGGACUUCGAUGAGCGUGUCUUUCUGGGAGCUGACGCGGAUGAGGAGAUUGGAACUCCAAGGAAGGUCAUUGCAGAAUCUUCUGCUGGCCAGACGAGCACACACAACCACCUACAACAGCAUGUAGAGAAGUCUGCUUCUCUAGCACCCUCCACCCCCCUGACGGGGCGUGUCUACCUAAAGGAGAAGGACCUGCUUGUCACACCCGUCUCCUCAGCGACGCAGAGUGUUGGUCGCUUACAGACCAUGGUGGCUGGACUAAGGCCCGCUCCCAGCGAACAGCUGAUGCAGAUAUUCAACUCCUGUUCCAAAGACCCUACAGAGUCUAUUCUGAAUACAGUCAAGACUCUGGGACAGGCAUUCAAAGAGCACUACACCAAUGACUCAGAGGACAUGCCUGGCUCACAUAUAGACUUUGCAGAGAACCGUCUUAAGUUGGCUGAAAUCCUGUAUUACAAGAUCCUAGAGAAUGUCAUGGCUCAGGAGACUAAACGACUGCAUGGCAAGGAUAUGGCUGUGCUGUUAGAUCAGGAUAUCUUCCAUUGUUCUCUGAUGGCCUGUUGUUUGGAGGUUGUGUUGUUCUCCUACAGCUCCCAGAGAACCUUUCCCUGGAUUAUUUCAGUCUUCAAACUGCCUCCCUUCUACUUUUUUAAGGUGAUUGAGGUGUUUAUCCGGUCAGAGGAGGGCCUGUCCAGAGACAUGGUAAAACACCUCAACUCCAUAGAGGAGCAGGUUCUGGAGAACAGAGCCUGGACCAGAGACUCUGCCCUGUGGAAUGCCCUGCAAGAGGCUGGGAACAAGGUCCCCACUGUGGAGGAGGUGAAUUUCUCUACCAGUCUAGACAGUGGAUCAGGUUCCUCCAGUGCAGGCACCUCCCACUUACCUCUGGUGGCCCUGUCCCCUAUCAUCCACCCCCGUAUUAGGGAGUUCAGAUGUGGACUGGGGAGCGCCCGCAAAGAUGUGCCCCCAUCUCCUCUGUCAGUCCAUGAUCGGUACAGCUCUCCUGCGGCAGGCAGUGCCAAACGACGACUGUUUGGCGAUGAUCCCCCAGCGGCAUCUCCUGCUGGAAGCCCCCUGUCCUCCCCAGCCAAGAGGCUGACGUUUGGGUCGGCCAAUACCCUGAAGAUAGGCACCCCGGGGGGCCAGACCACUGUUCUGACUUUGAACACUUCCAAUGGACAACAGCUCAAUAUUCCAUUGCAAAGUGGGAAGAAUGAAGGCGGUAUAACACUGAUCCAGGUUCAGCCAGGUACAUGUGACUCCUCUGGCCCCAUCACAGCCCAGGUCGUUCUGACCGCCUCGCCCAGCCACUCAAACGUCGCCCCUGUGACUUCUGAAGUUCAGCCAAUAGCCAAUAAGCCACGACGCACCGGAUCAUUGGCUCUGUUCUUCAGGAAGGUCUACCACCUUGCCAGUGUGCGCCUGAGGGACCUGUGUGCAAGGCUGGACAUCUCAUCAGAGCUACGUGGGAAAAUCUGGACAUGUUUUGAACAUUCUCUCAUCCACUGUACAGAAUUGAUGCGAGACAGGCACCUGGACCAGCUGCUGCUGUGUAGCGUUUAUAUAAUAUCCAAGAGCACCAAGGAGACACACACCUUCCAGGACAUCAUGAAGUGUUACCGCUGCCAACCACAGGCCAGCAGCCAUGUGUACCGUAGCGUGCUAUUGCGUCACACAUCUAGAGAACAGGUGGCUGAUGAAAACAUGGAGGUGGACCCUGCAUCUGGUGGAGAAUCCUCAGAGAAAGCCAAUCAUGGUUCAGGAGGGGUGAGUUCUGACCAAUCAGGAGAGGAAGAGCGGGGCGACCUCAUCCAGUUUUAUAACUCGAUCUAUGUCCUCAAAAUGAAGAGCUUUGCACUUAGAUAUGCAACGCAUGACAACAGGAUGGACGUCCCUCCUCUCUCUCCGUUCCCCUCAGUGCGGGCUCAGCCGCUUUCUCCUCGCCGUGUCUUCCAGAGACACUCUAUCUAUGUCUCCCCCCACAAGAACUCUGUAGGUUGCCUCACACCAAACUCUUACACCUACAGGAUCAGCGGGAGUCCAUCUAAGGAAUUAUCAGAUAUCAACCGCAUGAUCCGUCAGGGCGGUGUCAGCAGAAAAAGAGCCUUCACCAUGGAGGGAGACAUCAUGAUGUCGUCAACCUGCGACUCCCCCAGCAAACGUGCAUGUCCCGAGAACAGCAGCAGUCCAGACGUGCUGCUCAAACGCCUGCAAGAUGUGGUGUCAGAGAGACAGAGUCUCUAACGAGCUGAAAGAAAGACAGAUGGGCAGGCAGAGGGAACGAACUGCUCUGUGUCUAAAAUGUACAUGUAGAAGUAAUGAGUGGACAUGGACUGCCUCACUUCAGUUAUUAAUAGCCAGCAAUUAUAUGUGGGGAAAAUUGAGCAUUUCCCAAUUUAUUGACUUGUUUGUUAACAGAGAUGUAAAGAGGAAUGAUGGGGAAAUUACUGGGAUUCUUUGACAUACAGCUGGAAGGCUGUAGUUCACGCUACCCCAAGCCCAUAUCACUGUAAAUAAGGAUCCUAUUUUGCAUUUGUUUAUCAUUGAUACCCAUUUUGAAUUUAUGACCAAGGAGUCAUGAAAUUCAUUGGGUACAUACAUGUCUCAUUAUAUAAGCCAUGUUGUGGCCACUUUUAGUGACAGCGUCCCAUAAUUCCAUGAUGCCAGAAUACUUUUUUUUUUUUGGUACAUAGAAAGCUCCAGUAGAAAUUGACAUAGUCUGAUGAGCUUCACAGUAAUGGAGUCCUUGACCAUAACAGUGUUGGAACUAUGCUCAUUGAGCAACACAGCAAAUUGAACCUCUAAACCUGGCACUGUUAGUAGCAUUGAGAUACACAGGAUAUUGGACCCUUAUGUCAGUGUCAUACAUUAUCUGGUGGAAUGUACAGGAAAUGGUACCAGAACAAUGCUCUACCCUAUGAGUUACUAAGGGAAUGGAAGCCCUAACAAAAUUCAAAUGCUCCAUUUAUCCAUUCAGCAGCACAGGCCCAUAUGUAAAUGACCAUCUAAAAUUGUAUAUUAAUGCAGAGGAAAAAAAGCAGGCCAGGGUAAAAGGUGCAACAGUCCUAUUUCUUCCCUGGGAUGUCAUAUAUGUAAAGCAAAGUCAAGGAAAACUAAGAACCGAUGAUAGGACCAUGAUCCUGUUUUUCAAAUAGAGCCCAAGCUCAUGCAUGGUCAAAAUAUAUUUGAACUGGAUCUCAAAUAUUUAACUUAUUCAAGUAGAUCAAGCUCAAUUAUGUAUGCAUUUGCUUUUGUUCAAGAUAUGAGCUGCCAGGCAAUAUUUUCAUGUCUUCUGUUGUAAUUUUGUCCAGGUCUGCUGUAUCGUUUUUGUGUUACAGGUUUAUCACUCAGUUUUGUCUAAUUUUAUUCUUUAUUGUACUAUUUCCCAUUUUUACCUUUUUUGGUUCAGAACCAAACUCUUACUUGUCAUUGCAGAUAGUUAUGACUGACUUACCACUGACAGUGAUCAAAUCAGCGUUAUUCUCUUUGGUUGUGUAGUAUCUACACUUGUUUUAUAUUUCACCUUUAUAUUUCACCAACGUUAUUGUUCUAUAAGUGCUGAUAAAAGCAAACUGUAAAGCUUUACAU